GCAGAAAACCAAAUCUCUUCUUAAAGUGAACAAAGGACUUCAAUAAGCUGUUGCUGUGAACACAGUGUGACAAGUUCCCCCAAAAUAUUCAGGAUUCUCCCUACUGCUGAGUCAUUUCUGAUGCAUAAAAGCAGGGAGGAGACAGGGCAGAGCUACACCACAGUGAAGAGUAUAAAGACUUCUGCAUGGUCACAAACUCCUCUGUUCAUUUCAGCAGCUACAGAUCAACUUUAAAAAGGCACCAUGGAAUCAGCAGGCUACUUGCAUAUACUUAUCAGCCUUCAUGCUAUAUUGUUCGUUUGUGGGAACUGCCCAGACAAAUGCUCAUGCCCACAAGAUGGAUUGGUGCAAUGUUCCGGAAAAACUAUCACAGAAUUCCCAAGCUCCCUACCUCUGGAUACCAUACGCCUUGACAUAUUGGACACCAAAAUCAAUUCUUUUAAACCAAGUGACUUUCAAAGAUUACAUGACUCUCUGCGUUUUCUUUUUAUAAAUCGUGCUGAAUUAAAAGAGAUAGUACCAGGUGCAUUUGACAGUGUAACUAGACUUGAGAUUCUGGUUUUAACAAGUACUCCACUACAGGAGCUGUCAGAUGGAUUGUUCAGAAAUCUUGUUAAUCUUACAAAACUUAUUCUGUCCAAAAACAAACUACAAAUGAUACAUCCUGAUAUGUUCUCCAGUCUUAUAAAUAUGAAAGAUCUCAAUCUUGAAGAAAAUCUGUUGAACUCCAUUCCAGAUGAAGCUUUCCGCCAACUCACAAAGUUACAAAAGCUUGAUUUAGGAGGGAAUAAUAUCACUGCCUUUUCAAAGACCAUUUUUCAAAACCUUCAUGAGCUUCAGAGCCUCAAGCUUCAGAAGAAUGCACUGAGAGAAAUCCCAGCAGGCGCCUUUGAUCACUUGACAAAACUGAAUGAUUUGUCAUUACACGUCAAUCAAAUUGAGCAUCUGCCAGCUGACUUGUUCUCCAAGCAGCAGAACUUGAAGAAACUGUACCUGUCCAACAACCGCAUUUCAGAACUGCCAGAAGGCAUUUUCCAGAAUAUGCCCAACCUCACUGACAUAUCCCUGCAUGAGAACCAGCUGGUAAGUUUAUCCAGUGGUAUAUUUGGCCCUAUGCGUCUCAGACAGCUCUGGCUGUAUGACAACAAUUUAGCUCACAUUGGGGACAACGUGUUCAGCAACCUCACCCAGCUGCGGCUCUUGGUCCUGAGCAGGAAUAAGAUCGGCACUAUCUCCAAAGAUGCCUUCCGUGGUCUGUCGGAGCUUGGGGAAGUGUCGCUGCACACGAACAGGCUGACCACCUUGGAGGAGGGGGUGUUCAACGGCCUGCUGAAACUCCAGAACGUCUCCUUGGAAAAUAAUUACUUGCAGUUCUUGCCCAGAUACCUAUUCCAAAACCUGCCACAACUGAGGAAACUUGAGCUCCAUAACAACUCAUUGGAGAACUUGCCACAGGAGCUCCUUGACUCCUUAGACAAAGCAACUGAGGUGACUCUCUUUGACAACCCCUGGAAAUGUGACGAGGACAUUUUACCUCUAAGAAACUGGAUUAAUCAGCACCGUUCUAAGGUGUACAACAUCAGCCAAGUUGUCUGUCAUUCCCCUCUCUCCCUGAAGCUUACACCUCUUACAGACGUCAGAGAUGAGGAUCUGACUUCUGUUACAGCCAGUAAUAUUUCCAACAGCUCAGUUACGGUAACGCCGGUCAGUUUGACCACUGCCACUACAAUACAACAGCGGUUACUGACUUCCUCAUUUCAAACAGAGAACAGUGCUACUACUUCCUCGUCUAAAAUAACCCCUUCCAAUUCCAGCGAGGACUUCGACAAUGGGGAGGGACAGGCUGGGGGGCUUUCAAAGGAGGCUGUCCUCAUAAUCAUUGUGCUUAUCUGCACAGUCCUAAUUUCCAGUGUCAUCAUCUGUAUUGCUUGUAGGAGGAAAAAAAGACGGUCAAGUGGCAACUUAAACCCUACGCAGAAAAGGAAUUCAGCAAUUUGAACACCAUCAAUAAUGACACUGGUCAGAAAGCCUUCAGAACUUUAGACAAAUAAUGUGGAAUGUGAUGCUAGGGUACCAGAAUGAAAUAACAUUCAUUUGUAAAUCAUUUUGAUUGGCUGAUGGAAAAAAAGUUAGCUGAAGUUGGAUGGUCAGUCACCUGUAUAUCAAGGAAUUGCGGCAGCAACAGUUUUGAGGGCAGGAGGUUUUUAAAAGUUCAGCUGUAAUUAAUGUCCUGCCUUCAUCUUGUUUGCUGAGUGACAACACGUCAUCUAUGCUUGAUGGACAGGUGACACUGUGUGCCAAGCAAACACCUUAUUGACAACAAGAUACCAGGCCACUACACAGCUUUGUGAAAAAAAUCAAAUAAAGUACUCAGCAUUUGGCACUUUCUUCCUGGUAUAUACAUUUAUGUCAAUAUUCGUUUGUGCGGUUUAACAGAGACAAGAUAGACAACUUUAAUUAAUGUGACUUUCAGAAAUCCAAGGGAAACGUGCCAGAAAUCAGUCUCAGGAUGUCAUGCUGUCUGGGUGUCAUCUCUUAAUGUGUGAAAUAAACUCAAAUGAUUUUGCAGAUCGAAUGCUUUGCAUAAUACCAUAGUUUUAUUGUGUACAUUAAAAAUGCCUACAUAAAGUGUAAAAUUGAAAUACUGGAGAAGUGCAAAUAGUUUUAUAAAGUUUCACAAAAUUCAAUUUACAGUCUUAUUUGUAAAUGAUUGCCUUAUUUGUCAGGUGUAGUAAUGUAUUUGUUAAAUGUUAUCCCAGAUUGGAUCUAAUAUAACACUCAUCGAGUAUAAGCUCAAAGAAGUUUGAAAACUUUGUGUUUAAGAAAUAAGUUGGUCUUGACAAAUUGGGGCAAAAUGUUAUACAUCAGAUUUGCAGCUGUAUGUUUUUCCUAAAGGAUUGAUCCUAUGAAUUGCCUGUCAUGUUCUAAUUGGUCACAGUAGGUUUUCACAUUAAUUGACAUUGUGUUGGCUUAUAAACUAUUUAAAACUUUCACAAUUCAUCAUAAUCACAAUUAUGAGAAGAGCUGCUGUCACAGGCCAGAUACCACUUUUUGGUUGUGUAUUAGCUCUUCUUUGACUGAACAAAUUACAAUGUGCAGCAAUUACAUUUUCGAUUUGUCUUAAAAUGUUUAUAUUAAGACACAAUGUUGAAAUAUUUGAGCCAUCUAUAUCGACUUAAAUUGAAAUGAGGUUUUUUGUAAACAAUCUAAAAGCCUUUCCAAUAUUUCCUCUGCUGUAAAUGUCUUGCAAUAGGCAGUACCUUUUCAGUAUUAUUAUAUUAACAGUUUAACGAAAUACCACAAUAUUUAGAUUGUAGUAUGAAUUUAGUUCAGCUUUGAAGAUUGUUUCUGCUGUAAUUAUACUUUUUUAAUUCAAAUGGCAUUAGAGUCUCAGUAAUGUGUAAAUAGAUCUAUGAAUGGAUUGUAAUAAAUAUUAAUUUUACAUAUGUGUAUUUUACACAUCUAAAGGAUGGUUUAUUAAAUUGAAUACAAAACAAAAAGGUAAAUGUGGAUCUGUAGUUGCUAAAAAGCAGGAGUGAAGCCUUGCAUUUAAGGGAGUUUUUUAUUCAAAAUUUGUUUUCAAAAUAUUGGUCACUGUUUUUAUUUGUAAAAAGUUAAUCUUUUUUAAAGAUUGUGGCAUCUGAUAUCAUACAACUACUGAAGUGUUAUUUAACUAAAAUUUAAAUGAAAAAAAUCUAAUUUCACAUUAUUUACAGACAAGCUUUGUAAUUCUUAUGUCAGUAAUCAGUAUCAGUUUGUUGUGUAGAAGAGUUUAUGUGAGGUAACUUCGAGUAAAUUUUUAAGGAAAAUGUAAAAAAAUAUGUCAAUAAACAAAUCAUUUUGA